AAAAAUAAAGCUGUUUAAUUAUUCAUUCUUUACAGAAUAAACAAGGAGAAAGUAAUGAGCUGAAGUCAUUCCUAAAUUUUGAAUUCACAUCAAAUGUAACAUUGUGUUUGAUUCUGAGGCGUUAUCUGGCUGGACCCAGUAAAGAUAACAGAAUCUACUGAAAACUUUUCAUGGGCUCAAUCCUCGCCCCCGUACCCGCUGCCCCAUCCUCUCCCCACCCACUCAUCCUCCCAGAUGAAGGGCUUGAACUUUGGACAGAAGAGUUUACAUUAAGUGGAGCUGAAUUUGCAGGAGUCGGCAGCCGUCUUCCAGUCGGUUGGCUGAAUUUUGCUGAGCCUUGCUGGUAUUUUGGCAGCUCUGUGUUUCAGUGAGGAGCAGGAGUUGGCUCGUUGAGGUUAGGAAGACGGCAACAUGGCAGUCUCCACUCAGCUGGGUCUACUGCUAUGGAAGAACUUCACCUACAGACGAAGACAAACCAUCCAGCUGCUGAUUGAAAUCAUUUGGCCCUUGUUUAUCUUCUUCAUCUUGAUAUCAGUCCGGAUGUAUUAUCCUCCCUAUGAACAACAUGAAUGUCACUUUCCUAACAAGGCCAUGCCCUCAGCAGGUACCCUGCCCUGGGUACAAGGCAUUAUCUGUAAUGCCAACAAUCCCUGCUUUCGUAAUCCGACCCCUGGAGAGACUCCAGGCAUAGUUGGAAAUUUUAAUGACUCCAUAAUUUCCCGUCUGUUUAACGAUGCCAAGAAGAUCCUUCUGUACACCCAGAACGAUAAGAGCUAUGAAGGCUACAAGGGAAUGCUGGCAGCCCUCAAAAAGCUUCAGAAGAACCCUGCUCGAUUCAAGCUGAAAGACUUCUUGAGAGAUGACGAAACGCUUUCUCACUUCCUGCACCACAACGCAUCGCUCUCUCAUCACACGUUGAAGCAAAUUUUGGAGGCUGAUGUCAAUUUGGACAAGGUGCUCACGAAAGGUUUUGGAUUCCAUCUCAGAGAUCUUUGCAACGCAACGCCGCUGGAGCAGUUUGUCCACAUUGCAGACCGUAACGUGUCCCACUUGACCCAAGAGAUCAUCUGCAAAUCAUCCAGUAACUGGCUGAACCAGGCUCAGAACCACUUCCUCUCCAAUUUGGACUUUCUGAAACCGAUUCGGAAGGAUGCGAGUUCAGACCCCAAAGCUGUCCAAGACGUCUCAGCUGCAACCAACAACCUCCUGGAGAGCCUUGGCGCACUUGGCGUUGAGCUUGCCGGCAUGAAGAGCUGGAAGGACAUGAGAAAGGAGAUCCUGUAUCUGACUGCAAACUCAACAGGAUCUCCGAAGCAGAUGUACCAGGCCGUGUCGCGUAUUGUUUGCGGACAUCCAGAGGGAGGCGGCCUGAAGAUCAAAUCCCUCAACUGGUAUGAAGACAACAAUUACAAGGCUCUGUUUGGACACCACGGCAACGACAGUGACAGUGAGCCCGUCUCCAUCUAUGACAACUCUUCAACUCCUUACUGUAACAACCUAAUGAAGAACCUGGAGUCCAGCCCCAUUUCCAGGAUGAUUUGGAGAGCUCUCAAACCUCUUCUAAUGGGGAAGAUCCUGUAUACCCCAGACACUCCAGCAACUCAGAGGAUCAUUCACGAGGUUAACAAGACCUUCCAGGAGCUGGGAGUGCUGAGAGAUCUGGGCGGCAUGUGGGAAGAAAUGAAACCUAAAGUUUGGAACUUCAUAGAGAACAGCGACGAGAUGGACUUAGUCAGGUCCCUGCUCCAAAGCAACACCAGCGCUGCUUUCCUGAACGCUCAGCUCAGUGAGACUGAGUGGCGUGUGUCCGAUGUGGCGAACUUCCUCACAAAAGUUUCAGAGGACCGCCGACCUUCGGGGUCAGCCUACACAUGGAGGGACGCGUUCAAUGAAACCGAUCGCGCCAUAAAGACAAUUUCACAGUUUAUGGAGUGUGUGAACUUGGACAAACUGGAGUCAGUCCCCAACGAGGAACGCUUGGUCAACAAGUCCAUGGGUCUUCUGGAUAACCAGAAGUUCUGGGCGGGAAUCGUGUUUCCUGACAUCGCUCCCAAUAGCACCAACCUGCCUCCCAACAUCAACUACAAAAUUCGCAUGGACAUUGAUAAUGUGGAGAGGACGAACAAGAUCAAAGAUGGAUACUGGGAUCCUGGUCCCAGAGCGGACCCCUUUGAGGACCUGCGGUACGUCUGGGGCGGAUUUUCUUACCUGCAAGACGUCAUUGAGCAAGGAAUCAUCCGAGCUAUCACUGGUACUGUGGAGAAGACAGGUAUUUACAUCCAGCAGAUGCCCUACCCUUGCUACGUAGAUGACAUAUUCCUGCGAGUUAUGAGCCGGUCGAUGCCUCUCUUCAUGACUUUGGCCUGGAUGUACUCUGUGGCCAUCAUCAUCAAAGGCGUGGUGUAUGAGAAGGAGGCACGACUGAAGGAGACCAUGAGGAUCAUGGGGCUGAACAACGGCACCCUGUGGCUGAGCUGGUUCAUCAGCAGUUUAAUCCCACUGCUCAUCAGCGCUGGCUUACUGGUCAUGUUGCUGAAGAUGGGAAACCUGUUGCCGUACAGCGACUCAGGCGUUGUGUUUCUUUUCCUGGGAUCCUUCGGUGUUGUGACCAUCAUGCAGUGUUUUCUGAUCAGCACUCUGUUUUCUCGUGCCAACCUGGCGGCGGCCUGCGGAGGAAUAAUAUACUUCACCCUCUACCUGCCCUACGUUCUGUGUGUUGCUUGGCAAGAUUACGUGGGAUUUGGAGCGAAGCUUGUAGUGAGUCUUCUGUCCCCUGUGGCUUUUGGCUUUGGCUGUGAGUACUUUGCCCUGUUUGAGGAACAAGGUGUGGGAAUCCAGUGGUCUAACCUUCUAGCAAGCCCCCUGGAGGAGGACAGCUACAACCUGACCACCUCUAUAUGCCUCAUGCUGUUUGACGCAGUGCUGUAUGGAAUAAUGACUUGGUACAUCGAAGCCGUUUUUCCUGGCCAGUACGGGAUCCCAAGGCCUUGGUAUUUCCCUUUCACAAGAACAUAUUGGUGUGGAGAGAAGGAGAACCAAAACAUUAAUACUCCAAUGUCAAAGAAAGGCAACGCUGACGCUGUGUGCAUCGAGGAGGACCCAAGCCACAUCGACCCGGGUGUUUACAUCAAAAACCUGGUGAAGAUCUACAGCCAUGGGAACAAGCUGGCUGUGGAUGGAUUGACCCUUAAAUUCUAUGAAGGCCAGAUCACGUCCUUCCUCGGCCACAACGGAGCUGGCAAGACUACAACCAUGUCAAUCCUGACUGGACUGUUCCCACCCACCUCUGGCACCGCCUACAUCCUCGGCAAGGACAUCCGCUCCGAGCUCAGCACCAUCAGGCAGAACCUGGGGGUCUGCCCCCAGCACAAUGUGCUUUUCAGCAUGCUGACCGUCGAGGAGCACAUCUGGUUCUACGCUCGCCUGAAGGGUCUGCCCGAAGAGCAAGUGAAGGCUGAAAUGGAACAGAUCGUCAACGAUGUCGGCCUGCCACACAAGCGAAAAUCUCGCACCAGCACGCUGUCAGGUGGAAUGCAGAGGAAGUUGUCUGUUGCGCUGGCGUUUGUCGGCGGCUCUAAGGUUGUCAUUCUGGACGAGCCUACUGCUGGUGUCGAUCCGUACGCACGCAGGGGAAUCUGGGAUCUGCUCCUCAAGUACAGACAAGCCCGCACCAUCAUCCUUUCCACCCACCACAUGGAUGAGGCUGACAUCCUGGGCGACCGUAUUGCUAUCAUUUCCCAUGGCAAGCUGUGCUGCGUGGGCUCCUCUCUUUUCCUGAAGACGCACCUCGGAACCGGCUACUACCUGACGCUGGUCAAGAGAGACUACGACCUGUCUCUACAGUCCUGCAGGAAUUCUGCCAGCACUGUCUCAUACAUGAAAAAGACAGAGAAGGAGGACAGCGUAUCAGAGAGCAGUUCGGAUGCUGGCCUUGGCAGCGAACCUGAAAGUGAGACAACCACUAUUGGUAAGAACUGGAAGCUUAAUUUUCUCUACGAAAGUUCCAAAAUGAUAUUCACCCACCUUUCUCUCUUUUUUUUCUGUUUGUCUUUUCCAUUAGACGUCUCCCUCAUCUCCAGUGUGAUUUUCAAACACGUCUCAGAGGCUCGUCUGGUGGAAGAUCUCGGGCAUGAGCUCACCUACGUCUUGCCACACCAGUCGGCUAAAGACGGCGCCUUUGUUGAGCUUUUCCAUGAGCUUGAUGAUCGACUUACUGACUUAGGAAUCUCAAGCUACGGGAUUUCUGACACCACCUUGGAAGAGAUUUUCCUGAAAGUGGCAGAAGAUAGCGGUGUUGAUUCUGUUGAGCUUUCAGACGGAGUCGUGCCAACCAGAACCCGACGGCGACACGCUUUUGGAGACCACCAGAGCUGCCUGAAACCCUUCACCGAGGAUGACUUUGACUUCAAUGACUCUGAAGGUGACCCAGAAUCUCGUGAGACUGACUGGCUCAGUGGAACAGAUGGCAAAGGUUCAUAUCAGGUCAAAGGCUGGAGUCUGAAGAGACAGCAGUUUGUUGCGCUCCUGUGGAAACGGUUCCUCUAUGCUCGCCGCUCUCGGAAAGGCUUUUUCGCUCAGAUUGUUCUGCCAGCAGUGUUUGUGUGCAUUGCACUGGUGUUCAGCCUCAUUGUUCCUCCGUUUGGGAAAUACCCAAGUCUGGCUCUGCAUCCCAGCAUGUAUGGAGAGCAGUUUACCUUUAUCAGUAAUGACAUACCCGAAGAACCCCACAACAACAAACUGCUGGAAGCUUUGAUGGACAAACCAGGAUUUGGAACGCGAUGCAUGGAAGGAGAGCCCAUACCGGACACUCCUUGUAUUGAGGUGAAGGACGAUUGGACGCUCCCUCAGGUUCCUCAAAGUGUCAGUGACAUAUUCAACAAAGGCAACUGGACCAUGGAGAACCCGUCUCCACUGUGUGAAUGCAGCUGUGAAGGCCGUAAGAGGAUGCUGCCCGAGUGUCCCGCUGGGGCCGGUGGACUUCCACCGCCACAGAUGAUGAUCAGUGAUAAAGACACGCUGCAGAAUUUGACUGGUAGAAACGUGUCGGACUACCUGGUCAAAACCUACGCUCAGAUCAUCGGCAAGAGCUUGAACAACAAGAUAUGGGUCAACGAGUUCAGAUACGGUGGAUUCUCUCUGGGCGCCCGAGGUUCCCAUGUUGUGUCCCACACAGGUGAUAUUGAUGAAGCUAUUGUGCAACUGAGGCAACUCUUCAAACUUAAAGAGGGAACGGCAGCCAAUCGAUUUUUCAGCAGUCUCUCUGGUUUUAUCCAAGGAUUGGACACAAAAAAUAACGUUAAGAUUUGGUUUAACAACAAGGGCUGGCACAGCAUUGGUUCCUUCCUCAACGUGAUGAACAACGCCAUUCUGCGGUCGAGUCUCAAACCUGGUCAAGAUCCGACGAAGUUUGGCAUCACCGCUUACAACCAUCCACUAAACCUCACCAAGGAGCAGCUCUCACAAGUUGCACUGAUGACGACGUCUGUGGACGUGUUGGUGUCCAUUUGCGUCAUCUUCGCCAUGUCCUUUGUCCCUGCCAGUUUUGUGGUCUUCCUCAUCCAGGAAAGAGUAACAAAGGCCAAGCAUAUGCAGUUCAUCAGUGGAGUGCAGCCCUUGCUCUACUGGCUGGCCAACUUUAUUUGGGAUAUGUGUAACUACAUUGUUCCAGCUACGCUAGUGAUCAUCAUAUUUGUCUGUUUCCAACAAGAAGCCUACGUUUCUUCCACCAAUCUACCAGUACUGGCUCUGCUGCUUCUCCUCUAUGGGUGGUCAAUCACCCCUCUGAUGUACCCAGCCUCUUUCUUCUUUAAGAUCCCCAGCACUGCCUAUGUAGUUCUAACCAGUGUCAACAUACUGAUUGGAAUCAAUGGCAGUGUGUCCACGUUUGUCCUAGAGUUGUUUGGAAGUAAUGAGAUCGGCGGUAUCAAUGACAUCUUGAAGAAUGUAUUCCUCAUCUUCCCUCACUUCUGCCUGGGUAGAGGGCUGAUUGACAUGGUGAAGAAUCAAGCCAUGGCUGAUGCUUUGGAGAGAUUUGGUGAAAACCGGUUUCGCUCUCCUUUGGCAUGGGACAUGGUGGGAAAGAACCUGUUCGCCAUGGCAAUAGAGGGAGUUAUUUUCUUCUGCAUCACCGUCCUCAUUCAGUACCGCUUCUGCUUUAAAGCCAGAUCCUCCACCGGCCACCUGAAACCAAUUGGCGAAGAAGAUGAAGACGUUGCCAGAGAGCGACAGAGGAUCCUGAGCGGCGGUGGACAGUUGGACAUUCUUGAGCUGAGGCAGCUCACCAAGAUUUACAAGCGGAAACAGAAGCCGGCUGUGGACCGGCUGUGUGUUGGCAUCCCUCCCGGAGAGUGUUUUGGUUUGCUUGGGGUUAACGGAGCAGGAAAGACCAGCACCUUCAAAAUGUUGACUGGAGACUCAGAUGUGACCAGCGGUGAGGCCUACUUAGCUGGCAAGAGUGUAAACACAGAAAUAAAUGAGGUGCAUCAGAACAUGGGUUAUUGUCCUCAGUUUGAUGCCAUCAAUGACCUUCUGACUGGAAGAGAGCACCUCGAGUUCUACGCCAUCUUGAGAGGAGUACCUGAGAAGGAAGUCUGCGAGGUGGCAGAGUGGGGAAUACGGAAACUGGGAUUGAUCAAGUAUGUGGACAAAGCAGCAGGGAGUUAUAGUGGGGGAAACAUGAGGAAACUGUCCACUGCCAUUGCACUCAUAGGAGGACCACCUGUCGUGUUUUUGGAUGAACCAACAACAGGAAUGGACCCUAAGGCACGUCGGGCCCUCUGGAACGCCAUCCUGAGCAUCAUCAAAGAGGGACGGUCCGUGGUCCUCACGUCCCACAGCAUGGAGGAGUGUGAAGCACUCUGCACCAGAAUGGCUAUCAUGGUGAACGGCAGGUUCCGCUGCCUGGGCAGUGUGCAGCACCUUAAAAAUCGGUUCGGAGACGGCUACACCAUCAUCUUGCGCGUGGCGGGGCCGGACCCGGACCUACGGCUGGUGAUGGAGUUCAUAGAGCGGGAAUUGCCGGGGAGCACGUUGAAGGAGAAGCACCGCAACAUGCUGCAGUACCAGCUCCCCUCUUCGCUCACCUCCCUCGCCCGAAUCUUCUCCCUUCUCUCCAAAAACAAGGAGGCACUCAGCAUAGAGGACUACUCUGUCUCUCAGACGACUUUAGACCAAGUGUUUGUUAAUUUCGCCAAGGACCAAAGUGACGAGGACCACUUGAAAGACAUCCACCUGAGCAAGCGAGAUGCAGUCGUGGUGGACCUUUCUCAAUUGAACUCUUUCCUCACAGACAGCAAGACAAGAGAGAGCUGCGUCUGAUUUCUGAAUCAUGCGUCACCCUCUCUCCCUGCAAAAAACCAACGUGGACCACUGACUUGUGGGGGAGACGACCUAUGGUCAUUUUUUUAUUUCUAUUUUUUAGUCUUUUUUAAUUGUCAUCGUGUUUCAGUGAACCUGCGUCUCAUCGCACAGCCUCCGAUGGAGGCAACGACGGCAGGUUUCGUGACAGACGCUGAAACGAUGAAAACUCAAUGCAAAUCAAUGCAAGUCAAAUAAACGUAUAUAUUUAAGAUUAGAAGGUAGCUGUGUAGAGGUAGGAGACUGGUGCUUCUCCUCUUCACGACGUGGACUGGAAGAAAGAAGACACUUGAAGUGACGGCAGGAUCUGAGUUUUUCCGAUCGACUGGAAAGUCCAGGUUUCUGACUGCAGAGAUAAGAGACUUUGGUGGGGGAUAACGCGAAACGAAAUCUGGAAGGUUUUCGUCCCCAUUCCGCGGAGCAGACGGCAGCAGUCUGCGGGACUGCCUGUAAGCAAGCGACAGCAGAGUUUAUGACGUUGUAAAAGCAAAGUCAUCGAGUCAUUCACUGCCAGCUGUUGAAAGAUGGACUGACUAAUUUCUUUUUUUAUUCAGGGUCAAACCUUUUCUCGAUUUCUAUUCGUUACCAAGCGUAGUUGUUUUAUAAUCCAAAAGAUGGUUGAAGAUAAGCAUCUAACAAUCCCAUUUUAAUCUCAAAUGUGCAAUCAUCUGUGUUUUAACCUUUGCUAAUCUGGAAAAAGAAAAAUCCUUUCAGGGCAAGCAUGGUUAAGUUGUUCCUCAUGGUUGUCUAAUAAUUCAAACUGCUAACCUAUGUGGGGUUUUUUUUUAUGUAUUUGGUGUCCUUAACAUUGUCCAGCACAGUGCCUAUUCUGGUGGAGCGUCAAGCUUGAGCACUCCAUUAAAACAACAAUGUAUGUAGGCUGCCAAGGAAUGUAUAAGACCAAUACCAACAUGCAACAAAGCAUACGGAAAAUAGUUUUAUUAGGUUAUUGUGAAAUGAUGUGUGUGUGUGUUUUUUUUUUUUUUUAACUGGUGUCCUUCAUUGUCAGAGUCAAAACAAAAUAUAGUGGUUCUCUUAUGUCUGGUUAAGAUGUGCACUCUGCUCGUCUGGCUUUACUCAUCCUGCCCUCUCUUUUUUUCUUUUUUGCACGGCCACAAGGUGGAGUCAUCAGCAGCUCUAUUUGUGUGAACCUUAUAUCUGAAAUAUGUAAACGUUUUUGGUUGUGGCCUUCGAGAGGGCAUGAUGGGAGCACUUCAGAUCUGAGCCUGUGCUGCAUGGAUAAUAUGUACAUUUGCAAUUUUGUGACGUUAACACUGGAGUGAACUAACCGUCUGUGUGCCAAACAACGCUGAAGGAAGCGAGUGUUUUAUAACGUUUAUCCAUCAGAUCAGUUUGAAAUAUAUUCCUCUUUCUGUUAUCAGCUGGGGUUGUUGUAAAAAAAAAAAAAAAAAAAAAGUGUGCACUCUCCUUCUUUUCUUAACGAGACUGCAAGUUACAUUCAUCCUGUGGAAAAAUUGCCAAAGUCUGCCCACAUCUAUUAACUGCAACCGAAGAUGAGACAAUAGUUUUUAGCAGCUAAACAACCAGCCAGACUAAAAACGAGGACCAUGUAAAUUAAAAUUGUGCUUUUAAUACUUUAUAGUUAAAAAAAAUAAGAAUCAUCCAGGAUUUUAACUGAUAGUGGAUUGUGAUUACAGGUGCUCUGUCUUGUAUAAAAUCUGGAAAGGGGUUUCAAUUAUCUCUGGGAUCCGCUAACUACAAACUGAGGAUUUUAUCCUCUUUUUUUUUUUUUUUGAAACCCCCGGUUUUUUAAAAGAAUUUGAGCACUUUACAGGCUUAGCAGGCAUUUGUUUCCAAUUUUUUUUAGACGUACAGAUGUAAAAAAUAAAUAAAAAAAAAAUCUCUCCACUGGAAAGCAGACACGAAAAACAACAAAGCUACGCCAACGCAGUGAAAUGUUUGCUAGAAACUUGAAGUAGAGAACAAAGGCUUGUGUAUUUAAGAGAAAUGUGAUGAAAAUAAGUAAAGAAGUUGAGAAGUAGAAAUAGUUGUGAGAAAUGCAGGACAGAAUGAGGGUGGUGAUUCUUCUCUUUUCAUUCUCAAUAUUAUUCUUUGUUUACAUUUUUAAGUAUUACAGCUGUUUGAGUCUGUUACCCAUUGUGAAUAGUUAUUCUUUACAUUAAUAAAAAAAAAACAUGUUUUGAAAACAA